AUGGAGGCAUUCUUCCAGGCACAGGCCAAGUUUCAAGCCUCACCCGGGCUCACCAAGGUCCGGGCCAAGCCCAACCAAAACUACAAGCGACAUGGCACCAAGUCGUACGUGUACCUGCUGAACCGCUUCGGUUUCGAGCCUACCAAGCCCGGUCCGUACCGGCGCGUGAGCCACCUGCAGCAGCGCGGCCUCGCGCAGUCCCACGUCGCCGUCGGCGGCCGUGCAGCCGUUACCUCACGCCUAGCCAAGACCCUCGACGCAGCGGGCACGCAGACGGGCGAGGUCACAGCCGAGGACCAGCAAAACGACUCCGAGUACCUGUGCGAGGUCUCCAUCGGCACACCGCCGCAAAAGGUGCUUCUCGACUUCGACACGGGUUCCUCGGACCUCUGGAUCUUUUCCACUGAACUGAGCAAAGCUACCCAGAAGGGUCACACCAUCUUUAACCCGUCUAAGUCAUCGACCUUUAAGAAGCUGCCCGGGCAGACGUGGCAGAUCUCCUACGGCGACGGCAGCUCCGCCUCGGGCGACUGUGGCAGCGACAAUGUCACCAUUGGCGGCCUCACCAUCGAGGGCCAGACCGUGGAGCUCGCUUCCAAACUCGCGGCCCAGUUCGCCCAGGGCACCGGCGACGGCCUCCUCGGCUUGGCGUUUCCCGCCAUCAACACGGUCAAAAAGAACGGCCAGCCGGCGCCCGCGCAGACGCCCGUCGCCAACAUGAUGACACAAGGCGACAUACCCAAGCAGUCGCAGCUCUUCACCUCGGCCUUCUACAGCGAGCGCGACGCUGAUGGGCCGCAGUCCUUUUACACCUUUGGCUACGUCGAUGAGGCCCUGGUCAAAGCCUCGGGCAAGGACAUUGCCUGGACAAAAAUUGACAGCUCCGAGGGCUUCUGGAUGUUCCCAUCGGCGAGCGUCUCGAUUGCGGGCAAGAAGCUAGCGCUGGAUGGAAACACAGCCAUUGCCGACACAGGCACCACGCUGGCGCUCGUCUCCGAUGAGGUCUGCGACGCGCUCUACAAGGCGAUCCCCGGCGCCAAGUACGACGCGCAGCAGCAGGGCUACGUCUUUCCGCUCACGACAAAGCCCGAGGACCUACCUGCGUUCGAGGUCGCGGCCGAGGAUCUGGCCUUUGCGCAGGCGGAUGAUAAGAACUGGUACGGCGGCGUGCAGUCGCGCGGCAGCAACCCGUUUGAUAUCUUGGGCGACGCGUUCCUCAAGUCAGUCUAUGCCAUCUGGGACCAGGGCAACCAACGGUUCGGCGCCGUGCCCAAGAUUGAAAAGACGCAAAACUUGACGGCCAAGGCGCAGUCGCAGUGA